UUAGACCCCUAAUAUUCUGUAAGCUUUAGCCAACUUCGCAGAUUACCGAAUUCCACUUCUUAUGUCGGCCCUAGUAGUUGGGUAUUUAUUCAUCCUGAGAAAUCCUGCAACCUUUACCCUAGCUUAAGUGAACCAUCUGUGUAUCAUUGUGUGUGUUUGAAACUUUAUUUAUUUAUUUAUUUAUUUUAUCCCUGUUUAUUUUCCCAACAAUCCCAACUGUUUGGUGUGAAGUUGGUUUGUAAAGGCCCGGGAAAUCACUUGUAUCAUAUCCGUUUGUUUCUUUCUAAAUACAUAAACAUAUACAGCACGCUCUCAUGGCCGGUUAAAAGGGGUGUCUCUCUCUCAUUCCGUCUGUUCACUCCACUUGCGAUUGCGAUUGGAAAAUGUUGUAGUACCAACUCUCAUUGUGUUGGGUAAGAAUUAGUUGUUGCAGACGUGAUUCAUUUCCUGUAUUAUAUACAAGGUCGGUCUUUUUAUAAUUCUAUACUUGGGUAUUGGUAAAUGUAUUUCUUACGUUUCACUUAUAUAUAUAUAUAUAGUAGUACAAAUAUCAUUAUCACCACCUUCUUUGACUUCAUUUCUAAUUAAUUUAGGGUUGGAUGGUUUCAUUUCAACCAAUUUCUUUCACUAGUCGCUGCCACCAACCUCAAAUCUUCUCAUACCAUCUAAUGGGUUGCCAAGUCUGUAGUAGGGAAAGACAUUGUUUGUUCUAUAGAGUCAGUCUACAUAGGAACAGACGCCAUGCCAGGGUUCAUUUGGACUCUAUUGUAAUCAAUAUUUUGGAAGUAAUUUUUAUUAAUGUUUUGAAAUUACUCGGUCAUAAUAAGGGCCGGUGGUGGUGGUGGUGGUGGUGGUGGUGGUGAGAGAUAUGCUACUAUGAUUUAAUGGGAAAGCAAGGGUCUCCGAGAAGUCCACGUCCUGAACACCCGAAUGUUGAUGUAUCGUUUGGGGCAAAAGAUUAUCAGUAUAGAUGCUCGGAAACACAACAAGGCUGUGAUCCUUGUAAAGGGAGGAGGAUAUCAGGGGGAGACUACUACCACUGGAAUAAGACCUUUCUUCUUCACAACUUGAAGAAUGAGUCUGCCAAAUUUAGUGCUUGUAAAGGAGUUUAUGUUGGGAAAAGGCAUAUUUGGUUACGUAAACACGUGAGGUCCAUUGUUUUCACUUUUGGGUUUAUGGGUUUUCUUUUUCUUUUCGAUUCCCUUUUGUUCUCCAUUUUGGAUCCCACUAUUCUGCACAUUGGUUCAACUCCUGGAAUAUCAACCGCUACAGAGGAGAGUAGAACUACUUCCAUUAAUGAAGGAAAAGCGCCAGUACAGAUGUAUGACCGCCUCCUAAAUCUGGCUUCAAGUGCUCUUGCACAGAAAGAAUUGAAGCAAGACGCAUCAAAAUUCUGGAAGGAACCAUAUCCUCAGGCAUCUAUGUGGAAACCUUGUGCAGAUAGAAAGAGUUCAACAAAUAUAGGGAAUCCUAGGAAAAGCACUGGCUUUAUAUUGAUCAGCGCAAAUGGUGGUCUAAAUCAACAAAGAGUUGCAGUCUGCAAUGCUGUUGCCAUAGCAUCUCUACUUAAUGCCACUUUAGUUAUUCCUAAAUUUCUUUACAGCAAUGUAUGGAACGAUCCCAGCCAGUUUGGUGACAUUUACCAGGAGGAAUAUUUCAUUGACAUUUUGAAGGAUGAUAUAGAUAUUGUAAAGGAGCUCCCUCCCCAUUUGGAAUCGCUGGACUUGGAAGCAAUUGGUAGUCUAAUUACUGAUGCAGAUAUUCCGAAGGAGGCAACACGUAUUGAUUAUGUUAAGACUGUACUUCCUCUCUUGUUACGGAAUGGAGUUGUCCACUUCCUUGGAUUUGCUAAUCGACUCGGCUUUGACCCAUUGCCUUCUGAACUUCAGAGAUUAAGGUGCAAAUGUAACUUCCAUGCUUUAAAGUUUGUGCCAAAAAUUCAACAAGUUGGCUCCUUACUGGUUAGGAGAUUAAGAAAAUAUGACUUCGCGAACAAUAUGUUGGAUACGCAACUGCUUGGAGACUCCAUCUCAAAUGUUCCCUUGAAAGGGCGGAAUGCCACAAGAGGAUUUUCCAGAUAUCUUGCUUUGCACUUGAGGUUUGAAGUUGAUAUGGUGGCAUACUCUCUAUGUGAUUUUGGAGGUGGAGAAAAUGAGAGGAAAGAACUCCAAGCUUACAGAGAAGUCCAUUUUCCUCUGCUCAUUGAACGCUUGAAGAAUUCAAAGCCUGUUCCUCCUACAGAAUUAAGAAAAUUGGGAAGAUGUCCACUGACACCCGAAGAAGCAGCACUUGUUCUUGCUGGUAUUGGUUUUAAGCAUAGGACUUACAUCUAUCUUGCUGGCUCUCAUAUAUAUGGGGGACAAUCCAGGAUGCAUUCCUUCACUAGCCUCUAUCCCAAUUUGGUGACAAAGGAAGAUCUCCUCACUCCCAGUGAACUUGCACCUUUUCGGAAUUUUUCUUCUCAGAUGGCAGCACUAGACUUUAUUGCCUGUGCAACUGCUGAUGUAUUCGCCAUUACAGACUCUGGAAGCCAACUAUCAUCCUUGGUGUCUGGUUUCCGAACAUAUUAUGGUGGCGGCCAUGCUCCUACCUUGAGGCCAAGCAAGAAGAGGCUUGCAGCAAUUUUGAUGGAGAAUAGCACCAUAGGAUGGAAUAGUUUCGAAGAGAGAAUAAGGAAGAUGAUUGAGGAAGGUCAAAGAGUGCGCCAAAGGGGUUUUGGUCGAAGUAUUUAUCGACAACCAAGAUGUGCAGAGUGCAUGUGCAAAUAUCACUAGUGUUUGUCAUGGAAAUCAUUCUUUCAGGGCCUAUUUUUUUUUUUUUUUUUUUUUUUUUUUGUGUGUGAUAUUCUUUUGCAUUCAGAAAAUAAUACCAAGGCUGAUGUUACAUACAAAUACUAGCAGCCCAUUGUAAAUUACACAUCAUGAUGCAUGAUGGAAAGGUGAUUCAAGCUGAUGUAGAUAAAUUGUAGGCAUGUGAAAGUUAAGAUUCUUAUUGUUUUUAAUACUCGGGGUUGGUUCUGUCAAAUGUAAAUGACAUCCAGCUGCAUUGUAACUCUUUUCCUCUUUUUCUCCCACCUACCACACGUCCAUGCAUUAAGAAAAUGUGAUAUAAAUUUGAGAGAUGUAUUCGACAGAA